AUGGAUAAUAGCGGUUUUAUAGACAAAGCAGAAAUGCGAAGAAUAUUAGAAUCUAUCUAUGAUCUAACCGGAGAGUCAAAAACCGGUAUAAAUUCGCCAGAGAAAAAGGUUGAUCAAAUAUUUUCAAAAAUGGAUUUAAAUUCAGAUCACAAGUUAUCAAAAACUGAAUUUAUAAAUGGCUGUUUGCAAGAUGCCUAUCUCUAUGCUCUAUUGGCACCAACAGCUUAG